ACUAACAUGUGCAAUAUUAAAUUCUACUAUAUAUAUAUCUUUCAUGUAAGUAGAUAUAUUUCCUUGACCCUUUAUCAUUAUUAAAAUUCAUAGUAACCUUUCCCAAUUCCCAUAGAAUGGGCCUUUCAUGGCCACCAUCCCUUCCAUCAAUUUUAACAUGGUACACCUUCUUCGUUCUUUCCUUCUUUCUUUUUUGUUUCUUGUAUCGCUGUUGCUGGCGCCAGACUAAUAAUGAAAAGCUGCCGAGCGUUCCGGUCAAUUGGCCGGUCAUCGGCAUGCUCCCGGGGAUCGCGGCAAACCUCCACCACUUCCAUGACUGGCUCACGGCGAUCCUCCGGGAGACCGGGGGCGAUAUCUUCGUCCCCGGGCCAUGGCUCUCCGGCAUGGCGUUUUUUGUGACCGCCGACCCCGCGACGGUGCAGCAUGUCUUCACCGCCAACUUCGCCAACUACCCCAAGGGCGAGGAGUUCGCGGAGAUCUUCGACGUGCUCGGCGGCGGCAUCUUCAACGCCGACGGCGAGUCCUGGCGGGCCCAGCGGGGCCGGGCCCAGCUCCUGAUGGCCCACCAGAGGUUCCGCAGUUUCGUGGCGCGGUGCAGCCGCGAGAAGGUGGAGAGCGGGCUGCUGCCGUUGCUCGGCCGCGCGGCGGAUGCCGAGGAUUGCAUCGACCUGCAGGACGUGUUCCUGCGGCUGACCUUCGACACGACGACCAGACUGGUCUUCGGGGUCGACCCCGGCUGCCUGUCUGCCGGGCUGCCGACCGUGCCGUUCGCGAAGGCUAUGGACGACGCCAUGGCCGCGCUCUUCCUCCGCCACACGGUGCCCGCGGCCUGGUGGAAGGCGAUGCGGCUGCUGGGGGUAGGACCGGAGAAGAAGCUUGCCGCGGCCUGCGUAGUCAUCGACCGAUUCAUCGCCAAAACCGUCGCGGAGAAGAAGAAAGCUCAUGAGAAGAGGGAAUCAGAUGAGCAAGAAUCCGACUUAUUAUCGGCGUACAUGGAAGAAAAAGAGCACGACUCGCCCUCCGCAUCCGAUGACGAAAGGUUUCUCCGAGACACCGCGAUGAACUUCAUGCUCGCCGGGCGCGACACGACGGGCUCCGGCCUCUCCUGGUUCUUCUGGCUCCUCUCCAAGAAUCCGCGCGUAGAAGAGAAGAUCCUCCAGGAACUGAACACGAUUUCGGCCCCCCGAAAAGGUGAACUCGCCGUCUUCGACUCCGAAGAGCUCGGUAAGUUAGUCUACCUCCACGCUGCCCUAUGCGAAUCGCUCCGCCUCUUCCCGCCGGUCCACCUAGAGCACAAAGGAGUUCUGGAACGUGACAUUCUCCCCAGCGGCAUCGAGGUAAACCCUAGCAUGAAGAUAUUGGUCUCGAUGUACGCAAUGGCGAGGAGGGAGGAGGUGUGGGGGAAGGACUGCAUGGAGUUUAGGCCGGAGAGGUGGAUAUCGGAGGAGGGGAAGGUGCGGUACGAGCCGUCGUAUAAGUUCUUAUCGUUCAACUCGGGGCCGAGGACGUGCUUGGGGAAGGACAUGGCGUUCACGCAGAUGAAGGCGGUGGCGGCCGCCGUCGUCUACAACUUCCGCGUCGAGGCCGUCGAAGGGUUCGUCGCGGAGCCCAAUCUCUCCAUCAUUCUGCAUAUGAAGAACGGUCUAAUGGUUAGGGUUAAGAGGAGGCGGGGGAGCGGAUAUUGAUCGAGGAUGAAGAUGAUAAGGGAUGAUUAACUGGUGCAUGUUAAAUUAGUAUGUACUACUGCUAUAUUAAGCCAGUGCAUGAAGCUACCUAAGGUGUACGUAGUUUGGAGUGGAUGUUUACUGUUUGGAAAUCCAAACAAAGUUAAAAACCUAUUUGAAGGCUUUAUUUUAAUAAUAUUAUAAAAAUAAUAGUGAAAAAGAAUGCGUUUAGAAAAACAA